AGACUGAGAUUAACAUCAGGAAAUAUCUGACUGACAGUCCAACUAAGCUCCUCCCACUGGCGCUGGUGGAACCUGUGGGACCAGGUGAGGUUCUGUUCCAUUCCAGGACACAGUUCACCUGAGACACACCAACACUUAGACUCUUCCAUCAGCCUUCCACAGAUUCAAGAAAUACCCUCUGAUGCCUGACUGGGACAAUCAUGUGAGCUGAAGUGGUCCAGAACAGGAGUGAGUUUCACUGGACCAUUAGGGACAUUUCCAUCACAGCGUCAUUAACACAGUCCAUUCCUCCUGCAGACUGAGGGAACUCCGGUAUUUUACAGACUGUGUCCUGGAGCUGGUUUCCUGUUCCUCUAAACAGUUAUUUCCAGUGUUGUCAGAAUGGAUCAGAGUGAGGACAGAGAGGAGGGAGCCCCUCCCUGGAAGACCGCCAACAGACCCCCCACAGGACCUGGACCUGAUCCCGGAUCCAGACCUGGAAGCAGACCUGGACCUGGACCCAGUUGUCUGUCAAUGAAAAGUGAUAACUCCAUAUUUCGACUGAUAGACUUUAAAAGAGGACAUGUUUGUGAGCCUCAACCUGGACCUGGACCUGGACCCAGCUGUGUGUCCAUGAAGAGUGAUGACUCGAUGUUUCUCCCGAUAUGUUUUAAAACAGAACGUGUUUCAGAAACUCAAGUGGAGCAGCAGAGCUCAGAGGUUCCCACUGGUCUACAGGAUCAGACUCAGCUGGACUCCAUAUUUAAGCUGCUGGAGGAGAACAUCUGCACUUUUGUCAAGAACGAACUGAAGAAGUUCCACCAGGUUCUGAGUACAAAUUACCCAGAAUGCUCAGAGAGUCUGAAGAAUGAGGAUGAAGAGCAGAGGAGGAGCUCAGAGGCUUUUCUGAGGAUCACACUGAACUUCCUGAGGAGGCUGAAGCAGGAGGAGCUGGCUGAGCGUCUUCAGUCUGGAGUUCAUCAGCGGAAACUGAAACGUAACCUGCAGCAGAAAUUUGAGUGUGUGUUUGAGGGCAUCGCUAAAGCAGGAAACCCCAAAACCCUCCUGAACCAGAUCUACACAGAGCUCUACAUCACAGAGGGAGGGGCUACAGAGGUCAACCAGGACCAUGAGGUCAGACAGAUUGAAACAGCAUCCAGGAACCCACACAGACCACCAACAACCAUCAGAUGUGAAGACAUCUUUAAAACACCACCUGACAGACAUCAACCAAUCAGAACAGUGCUGACAAAGGGCGUGGCCGGCAUCGGGAAAACAGUGUCCACACAGAAGUUCAGUCUGGACUGGGCUGAAGACAAAGCCAACCAGGACAUCCACUUCAUAUUUCCAUUCACCUUCAGAGAGCUGAAUGUGCUGAAACAGAAGAAGUUCAGCUUGGUGGAACUGGUUCAUCACUUCUUCACUGAAACCAAAGAAGCAGGAAUCUGGAUCUUUGAAGACCACCAGGUGGUGUUCAUCUUAGAUGGUCUGGAUGAGUGUCGACCUCCUCUGGACUUCAACAACACUCAGAUCCUGACUGAUGUUACAGAGUCCACCUCAGUGGAUGUGCUGCUGAUGAAUCUCAUCAGGGGGAACCUGCUUCCCUCUGCUCGCCUCUGGAUAACCACACGACCUGCAGCAGCCAAUCAGAUCCCUGCUCAGUGUGUUGACCUGGUGACAGAGGUCAGAGGGUUCACUGACCCACAGAAGGAGGAGUACUUCAGGAAGAGGUUCACAGAUGAAGAAGUGACCAACACAGUCAUCUCCCACAUCAAGACAUCACGCAGCGUCCACAUCAUGUGUCACAUCCCAGUCUUCUGUUGGAUCACUGCUAGAGUUCUGGAGGACGUGUUGAAGACUACAGAGAGAAGACAACUGCCCAAGACCCUGACUGAGAUGUACAUUCACUUCCUGGUGGUUCAGGCCAAACUGAAGAACGUCAAGUAUGAUAGAAGAUCUGAGACAGAUCCACACUGGAGUCCAGAGACCAUGGAGAUGAUUGAGUCUCUAGGAAAACUGGCCUUUGAGCAGCUGAAGAAAGGAAACCUGAUCUUCUAUGAAUCAGACCUUACAGAGUGUGGCAUUGAUAUCAGCUCAGCCUCAGUGUACUCAGGAGUGUUCACAGAGGUCUUCAAAGAGGAGAGAGGACUGUACCAAGACCAGAGGUUCUGCUUCAUCCAUCUGAGUGUCCAGGAGUUUCUGGCUGCUCUUCAUGUCCAUCAGACCUUCAUUAACACUGGAGUCAAUCUGCUGUCAAAGAGACGGACCACAUCCCAGAGGUCUGGACCUACACAGACACAGUUCUACCAGACUGCUGUGGACCAAGCCUUACAGAGUCCAAAUGGACACCUGGACCUGUUCCUCCGCUUCCUCCUGGGUCUAUCACUGCAGGCCAAUCAGAGUCUCCUACAGAGUCUGUUGAAACCAACAGGAAGCAGCUCAGAGACCAACCAGAAAACUGUAAAGUACAUCAAAAAGAAGAUCAGUGAGAAUGUGUCUGCAGAGAGAAGCAUCAACCUGUUCCACUGUCUGAAUGAACUGGAUGAUGGAUCUCUGGUGGAUCAGAUCCCACAGUACCUGAGAUCAGGACGUCCAUCCACAGAACAACUGUCUCCUGCUGAGUGGUCAGCUCUGGCCUUCAUCUUACUGUCAUCAGAAAAAGACCUGGAUGUGUUUGACCUGAAGGAAUACUCUGCUUCAGAGGAGGUUCUUCUGAGGCUGCUGCCAGUAGUCAAAGCCUCCAACAAAGCUCUACUCAGUGGCUGUAACCUGUCAGAGAGAAGCUGUGAAGCUCUGUCCUCAGUUCUCAGAUCCCAGUCCUGUAGUCUGACACUUCUGGAUCUGAGCACCAAUGACCUGAAGGAUUCAGGAGUGCAGAUCCUGUCAGAUGGACUGAAGAGUCCAGGAUGCAGACUGGACACUCUUAGAUUGUCAGGAUGUCUGAUCACAGAGGAAGGAUGUUCUUCUCUGGUCUCAGCCCUAAAGUCCAAUCCGUCCCAUCUCAGACUGCUAGACCUGAGCUACAACCAUCCAGGAGCCUCAGGACAGGAGCUGUCUGCUCUAGUGGAGGAUCCACACUGGAGACUGGACACUGUCAGGUUGGAUCCUGCUGGAGUCCGAUGGUUGAAACCAGGUCCAAGGAAGUGUAAGUGUGAUUUCAUUAGAUUGAUUCAAACCAACCUGAACCCCAACUGGGACCUGAUUCCACAUUCUAAACAUCUAAAGUGUUCAUGAAGACAGUCAGUUUAGUGGAAGGAUGAGCUGAUAGCUGAUUAAUCAGGACUGGUACCACAUGGACCCACAUACCCUGAGCAGUGAGUCCUCAGGUCCAGUCCCAGACUAUUUAGUGCAUAUCAGAGCUCUAGUGUCUUUAUGCACAUUUACAGUCUUUACUGUCAGCUGA